CCCAAUCCAAUCGCUCUGCAUCUCUGCAUCGUCAAGUAAAUAUACAAGCAAGGCACCUGUUUACACAUUGUUAGGAAGAUGGACGAAUACAUUACAAAAAUAUUGUCUUUUAUUGCCCUCUUCACAAUGCUCCAACAUUAUCUUCCCCCACAAUUGCAUGACAUGUUAAUGCUAUGGUAUAAAUCUCUCAAUGCUUAUUUCAACCCUCCUGCCUAUGAGCUUGAUGUUCCAGAAUUCAAAGACAAUUCUGGAGUGAGCAGCAAAGAUCUUUAUGACAGCGUGCAGCAGUAUCUGGCAAGUCUGGAAGGAAUUGCUGUAAGGCAGACUGCAUUUCGUGCCAAGAACUCCUGCAGUGUGUGUUUCUCUCCAGCCAACGACGAGGAUGUGGAGGAUUUCUUCCAAGGAGUCCGGCUACGGUGGAAGCACACAGCGGAGAGCGUUCAAAAUGACAUCUACUACGAGAGGCGGAGCUUCACUCUCAUACUGCCAAAAACAGACAAACGCUUUCUCUCCGAUUAUAUCAAUCACAUUACAAGACGGGCAGAGGAUUUCAGUAGAGAGAAUAAAGAACUCGCGCUCUACACCAAUACGUUGGAAGCUCUGUAUGGGGAGGGAUGGACAGGCGUUCCGUUCAAGCAUUCCUCCACUUUAGCAACGAUGGCUCUCGAUCCAUCCCUCAAAGACAAGAUUCUGAUGGAUCUUGACCGUUUUAAGCAAGGAAAGGAAUUGUACAAGCGGAUUGGGCGUUCGUGGAAACGGGGUUACCUUCUUUACGGCCCGCCUGGAACGGGGAAAUCAAGCCUCAUCGCCGCCAUUGCCAAUCACAGGAAAUACGAUGUGUACGACCUCGAGCUCACAAGGGUGAAGAACAACAUGCAGCUCCGUGCGCUUCUCACUCAAACCAAAGAAAAAUCUGUGAUUGUUAUCGAGGACAUUGACUGCUCGCUGCAGCUAACUGAUAGGGUUUCAAGAGCUUCUCACACCGAUGAAGAAGAUGAGAAGAGGAGCAGCAACGUUACUCUGUCUGGUAUGCUCAAUUUCACAGACGGACUGUGGUCCUGCUGCGGAGAGGAGCGUAUCAUUGUGUUUACAACCAACCACAAGGAUAUGCUGGAUCCAGCCCUGCUGAGGUCUGGGAGAAUGGACAUGAAGAUUCUGCUCUCUUUCUGCACUUUCCCUCAAUUUAAAUCUCUUGCUUCCAAUUAUCUGCAGAUUGACGAUCAUACGCUCUUUCCCGUCGUGGAAGAGAAGAUUAGAAGCGGGGCUGAGAUGACUCCUGCGGAAAUUAUAGAAAUUCUGAUGAAUAAAAUGUACCACCCAGAUGAAGCUUUGGGUGAUCUGAUUUCUGCCCUGGAUGCAAAGAAAAGCGAAAGAGAUGCUUCGCUUACAUCGCAGUCUGCAUUAUGCGAAGGCGAAGGAGGAAGUUGUUGCUCUUUGAUAUUUUUGUCCUCGAUGACAAGAAAAUAAAAAGGGAGGAAUUGUGUUCAUUAAGCAUGUGGUUAUAUUCUAUUAUAAAAGUCUUAAAAGGGAGGAAUUGUGUUCAUUAAGCAUGUGGUUAUAUUCUAUUAUAAAAGUCUUUCUCUUGGGCCAGGCUGGUGACACGGAUACAUUGAAUUAAGCUGACUUGGCAUUUAAUGAACGGUAUCUUUGGUUAAUAUUGUGUUUAAUAUGUCUACAGACUAGUAGCAUAUUCUUGGA